ACAGCAUCAAAUUUUGGCAUUAAAUAUGGCAAAGCGGUGUGUUGAAACGCAACAUGACUUCUCUCAAGUUCGAAAAGACUGGGUCCCUCGAUGAGUUGUCUCUAGUUAACAUCGACAAACCCAUAUUAUGUCCUGGCGAGGCUCUCGUACGCGUCAGAGCUGCCGGUAUCAACGGGUCCGAUGCUGCAGGCAUUAUAGGCACUCUUCCAUUUGUGACCACCCCGCGCAUUCCUGGCAGAGAUUUCUCCGGGGAAGUCGUUGAAGCGCUGGACGCAUCCGGCACCUCGAGUCAAGAGUGGAUUGGAGCAGAGGUGUGGGGAACAGGAAGCGAUAGAGGCUUCACUUCGGACUGGAACAUUUUCUCAGUGCGAGCUGGUAGCAUGACCCUACCAUGGUUAUGUGCCUGGAUUACAGUCGACACUCUUGCGAACGUCAAGGAGGGAGACAAUGUUAUUAUCAUUGGUGCUCGAGGAGGCAUUGGCUCCGCAGCAGCACAACUCUGCAAAGAACGCGGGGCACGCAUAUUCGGGACGUACACCUCGCUCGCCAAAGUGACUCCCCCAUCAUACGUCACGCCCAUCGAACUAGGCUCUAAAAACGCCAUCCGCGAGGCCAUCGCCAAGGCUGGACUGCAGAAUAAAAUUGACGUUUUGCUAGACUGCGCCGGCUACGACCAGCCAUUCAACGACGCGAUUUUCACGAUGACAGCAAACGGUACCGGUCGUGUCGUUGUCAUGGCUGUCCAUGCAAAGGACGGACUGUUCCCCGUCAACCUGCGGUCAUUUUAUACAAAGGCCCUUACGUUAAAGGGCAUGAAGUCGAGUAUUCUGGGCCCAUUGGAGGUCAAGGAGGUACUGGACGACCUUGCGAAGAAAAUUGAUAGUGGGCUGCUAGAGGGGCCGAAGGAGGUCAACGAAGUUGAUAUGAGGAACAUGGACAAUGUGAAAGGUGCUCUGCAGGAGAUUUUAACUCGAGCUUCUCAUGUUCGUUCAGUGAUUGUUCCCUGAACGUUCCCGAUGUAUAUAUUACCAGCAUCUGUGCACUUCAUCGUAUUUG